AUGAAAUGCCAUAAAACAACUGUUAAACGUUGGCUUAAUCGAUGGACACAAACAAAGGAUCUUAGCAAUCUACAAAAGAAAGGAAGAUCUCGUGUGACAACAUCUGAAGAGGAUCAGAUGAUUGUGGAAUUAGUUCAAGAAGAUAUGGACGAAGGAAUCACUAGUGAAGAUAUUCAACAAGAACUUCGGCGUCAAGGUACAAAUAUUAGUCGUAGUACAAUUCAAAAUCGGCUUCUGGAAGCAGGAUUCAAGUUUUCAAGACCACUUUCGAAACCUCUUCUUACACAACAACAUCGACGUAAUCGACUAAUCUGGGCCCAAUCAAUGCAAAAUUACAAUUGGAAUAAAUUGAUCAUCAGUAAUGAAACAACAAUUCGACUUCAUGCUGUUGGGAAGUUUUUCUGGCAAAGACCCGGUGAACGUAAAGUGGUUCGGACAGUGAAGUAUCCAUUGAAAGUCAAUGUAUGGGGUUGUUUGUCUAAUUCAGGUUUUGGUCGAAUUGUUUGUUUUCAACACAACUUAACUAGUGAUUUUCUUUGUAAUGAAAUAUACCAGAAUGCUCUUUUGCCUACUGCUCGAUCUCAUUUUGGACGACGACAUGAUUGGGUUCUGCUUGAAGAUAACGAUCCAAAACAUCGUUCAAGAUUCAGUAUACAAUGGAAACGAGAACAUCAUAUAACAACACUUCCAUGGCCAUCCCAUAGUCCGGAUGCUAAUCCAAUUGAAAACUUGUGGCCUUUAAUUAAAACAAAAGUUUCCAAUCAAAAACCCAAAACAAUUAAAAAUUUAACACGUGCAAUCUACAAGGAAUGGAACGAUCUUCCACCAGAAUUAGCAUCAAAACUUGUGUGGAGUAUGAAAAAUCGUGUGCAUGAUCUUAUUGAAUCCGAAAGCGAAUAUAUACUUUAUUAA